UCCCCUCUCCACCAUAACAACCAUUACCACCGUCCACCACCACAAAAUGACGGACAUACACACCAAAGAACAAGGCCAGCAACAGUCACGUUGGCAUGUAGAACCACAACACCAAAGCCAGCAUUGGACCACACAGUCCCAACGCCAGUGGAACGAGCCCCGGGCCCACCAGGUCGUGAAAGCGGCCACCGCGGCAGCUGUCGGUGGCUCGCUUCUCGUCCUGGCGGGCCUGGUGCUCGCUGGGACAGUGAUCGCGCUGACACUGGCGACACCGGUGCUGGUCAUAUUUAGCCCGGUGCUCGUGCCAGCGCUGAUCGCUGUCUUUCUGCUGGUCAGCGGGUUUUUGACGUCGGGCGGGUUCGGUGUGGCCGCGGCGACGGUGUUGGCGUGGAUGUAUCGGUAUGUGACCGGGGAGCAGCCGAGUGGUGCGGAUACGUCGGAUGAGGUGUCGCACAGGCUCGGAGCGAAGGCGCGGGAUAUUAAGGACCGAGGCGAGCAUGCGGGCCGAGGGGGUCAUUAUGGAACCGCGGGGGUUCAUACGGGCGGACCCGGAGGGGGAGUAGGUACUUAUGUUUGAAUCAAGGAUGGAGUAUGAUCAUGAUGUCUCUUUGAGGGUUUAUAAUAAAAUGUAUUAGAGGUUUUGUUUGUUUUAAUUGUGUGUUUAAUUAUAUGUGGAUGUAAUAAUAAGUAAUGACAAUCUAUGCAGUAAUUUCAUGUGUUUUCUAGUUGGUGUUGAAUAAAGAACAUCAUGUUGAAUAA